AGAAAAAAGGCCGGAUUAACUUUUAUAUUACUAAAAAAUCAAUGAACUACAACUGAACAGUGGCAAAAGCACAUGUGCGAAACACACAAUAAAUACUUGAAGUUUCGAUAACUAAAGCGAAACUACAACAACAACCACAACAGCAGCGAGAAAAACCAAACACUGCCCCAAAAACCAGUCGUGAAUCACCCAUCGAAAUAACCACAAUAAUAAUAAUAGAAAUAUGGAACCAACACAGAUUACAGACACGGAAAAGGUGCGCAUUGUGUCCGAUUUUAUACUGCAUGCGCCGCCCGGCGAAUUCAACGAGGUGUUCAACGAUGUCCGCGAACUGCUGAAAAACGAUGGGCUGCUCAAGGAUGGCGCCAGCCACGCCUUCUCCCAAUAUAACAAGGACCAGUUGACGCCCGUUCGCGUUGAGGGCAGCGAACACAACGCGAUCAUCUCCGAAUAUAACGAUUUAGGCAACGGUCGCUUCUAUGAUCCUCGCACAAAGCAAUCCUUCAAGUACGAUCACCUACGCAAAGAGGCGUCAGACUAUCAGGAUCUGGAGGCCGAUGCCAAUUCGGAAACGUGGCGCGCUGCUCUCGAUCUCGCAGCGCUUGCAUAUACAGCCAAUCACUAUCGACAUGGCGUCAGCUCGGUGUUCGGCAAUUCGCAGGGCAAUCAGGUGACGCUGACCAUUUGCAUUGAGGAUCAUCAGUUCCAGCCGAAGAACUAUUGGAAUGGCCGAUGGCGUUCGCAGUGGCACGUUACCUUCCAGCCUGGCAGCGGCACAGCGGAGCUGAAGGGUGUGCUAAAGGUCCAAGUGCACUACUAUGAGGAUGGCAAUGUCCAGCUGGUCUCGUCCAAGGAUUGUCGCGAAAGUCUCGUUGUGUCCAACGAACAGCAGUUGGCCAAUGAGGUCAUCCGCCUGAUUGAGGAGGCCGAGAAUGAGUAUCAAUUGGCCAUUUCGGAGAACUAUCAGACGAUGUCAGAUACCACAUUCAAGGCGAUGCGACGACAAUUGCCCAUCACUCGGACCAAGAUCGAUUGGAGCAAAAUUGUCUCGUACAGCAUUGGCAAGGAGUUGAAGACGCAAUAAGAACAAGAGCAGCAAGCGGAAGCCGGAGUAGAAGGUGGAUGUGGCACGCCAGCAUCUCCGUUGCCCAAGAGACCCAACAGUCUUCCACUUGCGAUAACAAAGCGAGAGAAAUGAUGAUCACUGAUCGAAACCAUACGAGAAAAACACACUAUUUACGAUCGUUAAA